AGAGGCCCCGCCCCAUCCAGGUCCCGCCUCUCCCCCCGCAGAGGCCAGUCACAGCUUGCCCUCCACUUCCACUUCCUGUCCGAUCCUGGGUGCGGCAGAGAUUUGUGUCUGCAAUGGCUGAUGAUCAAGAGAGCGACUUGCAGAGAUUUCUGGAAAAUGUGGAUGAGAUCACCAAUUUAAUUCAAGAGAUGAAUUCGGAUGAUCCCAUCAUCCAGCAGAAAGCAGUCCUGGAGACGGAAAAGAGACUGCUGCUGAUGGAGAGAGAUCCAGAGGAGGACGGAUGCAGGACCACCUUGAACAAGACCACGAUCAGUCCCCCGCAAGCACCUGAGAAUGCAGAUGAAAUGAACCCAGAGGCCUUCUUGGCAUCUGUGGAGAAGGAUGCAAAGGAACGAGCCAAGAGAAGACGGGAAAGCAGAAUCCUAGCAGAUGCCCUAAAGGAAAAGGGGAAUGAAGCCUUCAUCAAGGGCGACUAUGAAACAGCCAUCCUCUACUACAGUGAGGGUUUGGGGAAGCUGAAGGACAUGCAAGUGCUGUACACCAACCGAGCCCAGGCUUAUAUAAAACUCGGGGAGUAUGAGAAGGCCCUCGUGGAUUGUGACUGGGCUCUGAAGUGUGAUGAAAAAUGCACGAAAGCCUAUUUCCACAUGGGGAAAGCCCACCUGGCCCUGAAGAACUACAGCAAGUCUAGAGAGUGUUAUCAGAAGAUUACAGAGAUAAAUCCCAAGCUGCAGACACAGGUGAAAGAAUAUCUAAAUCAAGUCAUUCUUCGAGAGAAGGCAGAUCUUGAAGAGAAGGAAGCCCGUGAGUCUCUGGAUUCCGGAAAGAACACAGCGAUGACAACUAGAAAUCUCCUGGAGACCCUCUCCAAGCCCGACCAGACACCCUUGUUCUACGCAGGCGGCAUUGAGAUCCUGACAGAAAUGAUGACGGACUGCACAGAACGGACCUUGUUCAGAACACAUGAUGGAUUCAGCACCAUCAUUGACCAUGAGAUCAUAAGAAGGUGCCUCUUCUCAGAAGGGAAAGAUGCGUUUGAAGAGGUUCUCUGUGUGGCUGUUUUGAAACUCUGGCAAGCAGUGUGUGGUGACAAUGAGGAAAACCAGCGCCUGCUUGUGACCCACCCUGACAUGGCCAGGCUGCUGCUUUCCUUCAUGACCUCCAGCAUCCCGGUUCUUCGGCAGCAGAGCCUGGCUCUACUGCUGCAGCUCACCCAGACCGAGAAUGGCCGGACCCAGGUCAUCAGGCACCUCGACCUGACCCGAUUGUGUGAAGCACUGCUGUCGUUUCUUGACUUCUCAGACAAGAAGGCCAAUACAGCCAUCGGACUCCUCACAGAUUUGGCUCUAGAAGAAAGAUUCCAGGUCUGGUUCCGGGCCAACCAUCCAGGUGUCCUCCCUGCACUCACAGGUGUUCUGAAGCGAGAACCCAUGUUAACCAGCCCCUCAGCCCUCUGCCAGUGCAUUGCCCUGAUGGGAAACAUCAGCGCUGAGCCUACUGCUCGAAGACACAUGGUGGCCUGUGAGGAAUUUCAGGAUGCCUGUUUGAACCUCCUGGCCAAGUGUGAGGAAGACAUGGACCUAUUCAGAGAGGUCAUAUAUACCCUCCUAGGACUCAUCAUGAACCUGUGUCUUGAGGGUCCCUUCAUCUCUGAGAUGUGGGCCGUGAAGAUGAGCCAAAAGUGCAUGUCUCUGCUGAACAGCCAGGAUGGAGGAAUCCUGACAAGAGCUGCUGGUGUCCUGAGCCGGACCCUUUCUUCCUCUCUAACCAUCGUGGAAGAGGCACUGAGAGCAGGGGUGCUGAAGAAAAUGAUUAAAUUCCUGAAGAUGGGAGGUCAGACUGCAUCGCGUUACGCCAUAAAGACACUGGCUGUCUGCACAAACAACUACCAUCCAGCUCGGGAGGAGGUGAUGAGACUUGAUAAAAAGUUCAACGUUCUGAUAAUGCUGCUCGACUCGGAGGAUGAAAUUCUGGUGGGCAACGCUGCCCUCUGCCUGGGCAACUGCAUGGAGGUGCCCAGCGCUGCCUCUUCCCUGCUGAAGACGGACAUUGUACAAGUAUUGUUGAAGCUGGCAGGCAGUGACUCACAGAAGACAGCCGUGCAGCUGAACGCAGGCAUCGCUCUGGGGAAGCUAUGCACAGCGGAGCCCAGGUUUGCUGCCCAACUUCGAGAGCUUCAUGGUAUAGAAAUUCUCAGCUCUACAAUGAAACACAUGAAUGAUUCUUGAGGGACACAGUGUCUGCAUACAGUCUGUGGACACACAACCAUGUGUGAGGAGUUAUUGCUCUGCUAAUAAAGUCUUUUUAAAUACUCA